UGCAACGAUGAUGGUUGCUUGAACAAGGAGGAGGCAGCAAACAAUGUUGACUUUGGCUCAUGUGCCAAAGGCAAAGCAGAUCUAUAAUAUUUACUUACGAAAUGCAAUCUGACCAAACAACGUCUUCUUAAUGCCGCUGCAGCUGCCACAACCAAAUGUCGCCACUUUAAAGCUGCCAACAUGCACAAACUGAUCAAACAAUGCCAGUGUCCAGAUGGCUAUGUUGCCACACGCAUAAUGGAAGAUGAUGGUGAUGGCGCCGGCGGCGGCGGUGGUGGCAUAUUAAUGGACAAUAACUUCAAUUUUGAUAUGCAGUGCAAGAAAGAUGGUGGUGUUUUGGGAGGCGGUUAUUUGCUUGGUCUCAUCGCAUUCGCACGUAAAUUUGCCCGUUGUAUUCUAACGCUAACAAUGCUCAUUGGCAUUGUUUGUGUAACAUUUUAUUUUUGUUCCAUGUCCCGUGAAUCCCCCUCGGCCAUAACAACAACCAGUGCUUUGGUGCAUGUGACCGAAGCCGAGUAUACAAUAACAUCAUUAAAUUGGGAUUCACCCUAACAAGGCGUUAAGAAACAAAACAGGGCAAAUGUGGAGGAAGUCAACAAAAUAAGAAUUUAGAAAUGAGAAUUGUGAAAAAAAAAGAAAUCCUUUAGAGACAUAGAAACUGUGUUGUGUAUGUGUAUAUUGAAGUACUGCAGUUUAGUUGGUAAUUAUUUCUUAUUAUCCCUUUUUGAAACGUUUUAAGUUCACAUUGUACUCUAAAUGUAAAUAAUAUUAUUUUUUUUUUUAGUUUUUAUGCAAUAAUAUUUAUUAAUAAAAAACAUGAUUAAAAUUGUCGUCUA